CGCGAAAAUAGUUGAUUAAAGGAUAUGCCGCCGAAGAAAAAUGUAUAAAACAACAAAAAUAUAUAAAACUUCUUUAGUAAUGGAAAUAAGAAGGAGAGAAAAGAGAUAAAAGAGAAAUAAAAAUAAUUUAUUAAAUGUCCUUUAAUCGGAUCAGUAGGUUUUCAAUUAAGGAGAGUACUAUAGAGAUAUAGAAAUGAGAUGAUGAAAGAAUUUAAUUUAGGAUAAUUAUUACAAUAGAUAGGGAAAAUAGAAAAUUUGGAUUCGAUAGGAAAUAUGUUAAGUUCAAUAUUGUAUUUGAAUAUAACAAAGAUGUCAGAUAUUUGGAGUGAUAUUUAUACACCUGAUAAUGUUGAUGAUGUAAUUUGAUAUCUAAACUUAGUUAAUUAGUUAAGAAAAUACUUAAGUUCUUAAACAUUGGUUGAAGAAUUCUUUUUCUAUAUUGGUAUAAGAUUAAGUAGAAUAAUCAGAGUCAUGGUAUUCUUAAUCUAAUUCAAUGAAUAAUUAAAACAUGAAUUAUUAGAUGUUAAACAUAUAUGGUACAAGUGGAAAGAUGAGUACUAUUUUGGCAAUAGCAAGAGCAUAUAAAAUAGAUGUUCUAUUGACUUAUAAUUAUACAGAGAAGAGAGAAUUUGAAGAGAUGUUUGCAAGCCAACAUAUAAAAUUUACUUAAGAAUAAGAAAAUACUGAAUUUGGAAACAAGAAGAAGAUUAUUGUUCAUAGAGGGACUCUUCCAAAAUUCAUAAACUCUAGAAUGUUAUAGAUACAGCGAGUGCCUUUUAUAUGGAUUACAGGUAUGGAGUCUUCAUAAUUGCAGACUGUAAGCAGAAUCACGAACUUUUCGAUAACUUUGAACUAGUGCAAUAUCCUCAUAAUGAAAUCGUUAGAUACAUUUAUUUAAUAUUGUUAAUUGAGCAUACUUAUAAAGACUAAUUGGAUAUAAUCAAUUCAGAGUUAAAAAAGAAAGUCAUCUAUGAAAACAUGAAAGAUAAGGGAGGUUUUUAUUCUAAUUUUUCAAUCAAGAAACCCUUUCUUAAGAUUCAAAAUUUAGAUAUGAAUUUAAAUUAUUCAGAUAUAUUUAUACUUACAUUAUAUAUGAAGGGUAAUAUGAGAAAUAUAUUGAAUUGGUUAUAAUUUCAUUAAGAUGAUCAUAAUAUUCAAUUCUUAAUUAAAGAACUCAAAUUAUCAAAUAUAUAAUUGUCAUAUAUGUUAAAAAAUCAAUUACCAUUAUUUAGACCUAUUGAUAAUAAUUAUUAAUUAGAUCAGAAAGCCUAAUAAUGGUAUGAUGAAUAAUGUAUAAAUUUAAUUGAUGAUAUGAUACAAAGUAGAUAGAAAUUAUUUAUUGAAUCUUAUGGGAGAAGAAUAAUUAAUAGCAAAAAACAUUUAUACUUAAUCAAUCAUGUUCUAAAGGUAAUGUAUUAUAGGUAUUUAUAAUAGCAUAAUGCAUUUAAUGUCCAAACUAUUAAUUAGAAUACUAGAUUAAGAAGAUUGAAUAGAGAACCUUAAGAUCUUUAUAAACCAUUGUAAUCACUCUUUGAAUAAGAUGAACAAUAUGAGAUGUUUAAGUAAUUUGAUAAAUUUUCAGAGUUUUUAAUAGGUUGA